UUGCGCCUGCUCAUCAGUUGCUCCAUUAACCAUUUUUGUAUUUGCAUUUGUAUUUUGUGCAGCUUUGAUAUUUUGUUCUUUUUUCUUAUUGAAAAAUGUUUGGGGGUAAUUAUUUCAGAUAUGAGUUGAUUAGUUUUUCAUCCAAAUAGUUCAUACUGUGAGUGACAAGAGUGGAAAAAGUUCGGUAUUCCAAGUAAGUUUUCUGUCAGUGAUGAUGUAAAUAAAUAGCUCUUCGAAUAAUUGUUUAGAUCUUUCAGAAAAAAUGAAUAAUGAAACCAAGAAGGAAGAAACGAAUUUGCAUGCUACUCAGCGCAUAAAUCCUGAUAUUCUUCUGCAAAAUAUUCCUGUUGAAGAACUUCUUGGAUCUGUUACAACUUAUUCUGAAGGAAAUGAUAAAAAUCAGGCUUUACGCUCCAGUGCCAGAGUUUUCAAGAAGAUAAAGCUAGAUGCUAACUUGUUGAGUGCUGCAAAUACACCUGAAAAAUCAGUUCCGGACAAAAAGGAGGAACAAAAAUCUGAUCAAACUCCUCAUAAAGAACAACGAAAAUUCAAUAUAUCCUGGAUAAGCGAAGAAGUUAAUAAUUUAUUUUUCGAUGCAGUAAAUGAGUAUGGAAAAGAUUUUGAAAAUAUUUAUGCUUUCAUCUUGCAGAAACUGAAAAAGAAGGGUGUUACUGAUGAAUUCAGAAAAGAUCAUGUUAGGCACCUUUAUUACAGAACUUGGCACAAAAUAUCCAAGUACUUAAAGUUUUCUGAUGGUGUGAAAAGAACAGUUCAAGAGUUGUAUGGACUUAUAAACUAUGGGGAACUCAGGAAAAAAGUACCGACCACACAAAAAAUUUACUUCAAAUUGAAUGAGCUGGUUCAUCUAGGAUGUGUUACUGUACGAGUGAAAGGUAAAAUGCUAAGAGUGAGAACUCCCAUGUGUCCUGCCCUGCGAAGACUAAAUAAACUAGAUGACAAGGAUGAUGACCUGAAAUUACCACCAAGGGUGAUUAUUCAACUGCAACCAAGAGAUAUGCAAGCUUUCCUCAAAGUGCAAAGUUUUGCUUUGAAUCCAAGAGUAAAAACUGAAUUACCACUUCAAAAAAAGCUUAGCACUUUCAUUAAUUGCGUUUCAAGAAGAUGGAAAGCUGCAGAACUGGAAUAUCUCAGGAACAAUUAUCCAAGGGAAGAAGUUUUGAAUGGAGAGAAUGAUGAUGAGAUACUGGAUAUAGAUGCUACACUUAUUACGUCACAAUUGAAAUUCGCUCCCCCCAAAGGGGCAAAAUUAAAUUUGGCACGAACUGAAGUAUGCGAUUUCAUCACAAAAGAGAAUAUAUGUCUGAAGGCUUACGAAGAGAGGAUGGGAAUUGAUGGUUCGAAAGUAAACGACAAAAAAGACACUAAGAAAUCAACGCAGAAAGUGAGAACUGAUAGUUUCUCAGAAACUAUCACUAAGUUGCCAGUGAAGUCUGAACUGAGGGAUGGGAUCCAACUUCUGACUGAUAAGAAUGACGUUGAAAAUGUAUCAAUUCCUAAUAAUUCAACUUAUAUUCUGAACGCCGUGGAAAAUCUAGCUUGUCCGACUACUGUUACAGAGGAAUGCCUUCCGCACAUAGAAAGUGACACAGCAGUUAAUGAAGAGGUUAUGUGUAUUUCAACGAACAAAGAGAAGAGCUCAGAUCUGCUCUCUUCACCUAGUACGUCGAAAACCCCACGAUUCAAAAAAGAAGAUAAUUCGUUUGAUACAGUUCAUCCAAUGGACUUGUCGUUUGCACCUGUUGAUAAAUCACCGAUUGUCUUAAUUCCCGAUGAAAUUUCCGAUGAUAAUAAUAGGAAGAACAAGGACAUAUCUGUUGAAGAACAAUUAUCCAAAUUAGAUGAAAUAAGAAAUGGCUGGACUGUGGAUGACUGUGAUAAUUUAACUAUAGGAGAACUGUACUUAAUGUUUGGUUCUGCAUCAAAAUUGGUUCUGGAAUAUCAUUGGGUGAAAAAAGUAAACCGAAAUUCAAGUAGUGUAGAUGGUGAGGUUCCAAACCUGGAAUGUGAAACAAAAUUGAAUGAAUCGAGUGAUAGUAGGUUGGACAAUUUCGGAUAUAGCGACACAUUGAGGAAGCUAGUUGACUUAAUGAGAAUGCAUCAAAAAAAUGUUACCCCGAAAUGUUCUUGCGGUCAUAUAUGCUCCCCUAAAAAUACAUCAUCCAAAAAAAUUCCCACUAAAGUGGUUGAAAUCGAAGAGAAGGUCAAUAAGGCCGAAACGGAGACUGAAUCGUCACCGAGCACAGCAAGUAUUGAAGAACAACAGCAACAACAAAAACAAAAAAUUCCUAAAUUUGAGGAUUUUGUGAAGCCACAAAGUAAAACGCCACCAGUUCAUUUAAUUGCUCAACUCGAUAGUAUUGAAAAAUUGAAACCUAAAUAUAGUAUAAGAAAAGGGCGAAGACUUAUAACCAAACAGCUGGUUGUGGAGAGGGAAUUACCAUUGAUGCCAAAGGCAAGCAGCGGUCACCAAAUAGUUUGUAUGAACAUCAUUUCCCGUGGUGGCAAAAACUCCAGCCAUCAAACGAGUGUCGGUAAUGGAGAACAAGAAACAGAUACCGGCGCCAUAGAAUGUGAUACUGAUAACAAUUUCGAGCAAGUUGUGUGUAUGGAAGAAGAUUGUCGUCGAUUCUCAGAAGUGAUAGAAAAUAAAUCGGCGGAUACAAAUAUGAAUGCGAAUGAAAUGGACGGCACCUAUCAACCUAAUAACUUAGAUGCCUUAUUGGACCCUACAAGAUCUCUUAGUCCUUCGGUACUCCUCAAAGAAAAUGAAAACCAGUGGAUCAGUUCAGAUGUGGCUGAUUUUUCCUUGAGUAGUUUUUUAGGUCAUCUAGAAUCCCCAAUGAAAUCUCAUGAGGAUGUAACUGAGGAUGUAGUGGAUUGUCAGUUCCGGUCUCUCUUGACUGAGAAUAGUUUUGAUUAUACAGCUAAAUUCGCUGAUUUGGCUAAUAAAGUGGUAGGUGACACAGCAAACUGAUUUGUUAUUUUAUUUAAUGUAUAUUUUAUAAGAAAAAAUAUAGUACUACUUAUAUGUCUA